AUGGCUGGCUCCAAGCAUGCGAAAGUCCUAGCUGAAGCAGAAGUGCCAAAGUCCGUCGAGAGUGCGCUUCUACGACCAGCUAAGAGUCCGGCGCCGGAGGAGACGCCAAAGAAAGGCACUCAACAGGAGUCAAAUAAAAGUACCGCGCACAAGUACGUUUCGUUUCCCCCAUUCCCUGGCAAGGCGAAUGACGAGAAGUUGCCGGAUGCUCAAAAGGAACAACAGCCAGUAGAGGCAGAGUCUCUGAAGGAAAUUCAAAAGCAACAACCGUCUGUAGGAGUGGAAUCAAGCCAGCAAGAGCCACUCAAUGAGCCGAAGCCGCGGCCACGCAGGGCUUCUCAUUUAUGGUUUUGGCACGGAAAAUAA